AAGAUGGAGAGACGUAAACAUUGAGAGGUGGUGAGAGUCACUCUGACACUCCGGGCUCCAGGCACGCGAAGCUCCUGCUCCCGGCUCCUGCUGGUACACUUACUCGAGACACUCAAGCACUGCUCUUGACUACUGGUUAAGACACUCGGCCGCUGCUACUAGAAGAGUCAAUAACGUCUACUGGUUAGAGGCACUCGCCUUCCUGCACCAGAGGCUGAGAGGAAAGAGCUGAGGAGUAAUCUGCAGAGUUUGUGGAAGAGGAUCGCCCUUCACUAGGCAGUAGAGAGGCAAUGGCAACGUUUUUCGGUGAGGUGAGACUAGUGUCAUCACGAGCUUACGACGAGGAAGAUGAAGAGGAUCCCACAGAUGUGAGAUAUAAUGUGAAAGUGGAGCUGAAUAAAGCAGGAGAAGAGAAGAUAUCAGAUGUAGAAGCUGUUGUCAUAUCAUAUGGAAAAUUGGCCACAGAUUUUUGCGAGACGCUUGUCUUGUCUGAGAAAUGUAUCAAUAUUGGUACAGUUGAUAUUAAGAUGGAAGGACAAACAGACAGUGAAGAUACAGGACACUUCCAUCCCCGCAACCUCUUCCCAUCGCAGCUCUUUGUGACACCAGAGUCACUUUUAGUUUGCUGUGCCAGUAAAGAUGUAACAGCUGUUUUAGCAUCCCAGUUUACUCAGAAGUUAAUGGGUUUGGUGAAGGCAACAUGUGUAGUGAUGGUAUUGUCAUCUCACCACUACGGUGCCCUUAAAGGCAACUAUGCACCUCAAGGUGAAGACAACUGCGUGGUGCACUCCUUACACUCUCCAACCUUCCCUAAAUUGCCUGUGUAUCCACGGCUUCCUCAGCCUGCAACACUUGAUUCUGUGCCAGCUGCAGUUUUGACAGAGAGUUUGGUUAGCAGGAGACCCUGUGUAGUGUACCCAGUUUUCACCGAGACCUACUCUACUGGUGACUUGGAUUUGGUGGUGGAUGCUCUUCUCAAGGUGUUCCAGAGUAACCCCUUUAAAAAAUUCAUGCCGUCGGCACUCGAUCCCGGCAGACUUCACCAUUACAGAGAUAAAAAUCCCAGAAAUGAAACGUUGGAUAGGUACAUGUAACACGUCUAACAAAGUUAUUAUUAAGCUUUGCGAGCUAAUUUCAUAUUUUCCAUUCAGUUUGUCUUGACCGUGUGUGAAGAAUAACUGGCAGCAUUGUUUGUGCUGUCCACUGUCUUUGGCACAGCUGCAGGUUAGGUAAUGUAACCUCAAUGAGUGGGUUAUAUAUUGUAAGGUUUGGCUAUACAGUAAUUACAAGCCAGAGCUAUUUUUGUUACCGAUAAUCUUUUGUUUGCAGCACUAAUGUUGUCCAUAUAUUUGAAUAAAAGAUAUUAGUUAU